GGUUGCAUCGAUUAAAUGACGUCUAUAUUUUUCUUGAAUAAAAUGUGUUUUCAGCUUUCUCAGAGAAUAAGUUCCUGAGUUAUUUAUGUUAGUAAUACCUAAUUAGCAAAGAUGUCAGGAUUCUACGGAAUUGAUAAUAAUCGCGAAGUGAUCAGAGUGCACGUAAAAAAAUGUGAUGGGUUGAUGCAGCCUGAAUCUAAGAAAUUUUCCAUAGAUCCACAAAUAACAUCAUUUGAGAUGUUACAGAACCUUCUGGCUAAAGCUUUUGACAUUAAAAGUGAUUUCACUAUCAGUUACCUGUCACAAGAUGGCGGUCAGGAGGUGUACCUCAGCAUGCUGUCAGACUGGGAUAUGGACGCUGCAUUCCAAAACGCCUCAGAUCCUUGCCUUAAACUUAAAGUGGAACUUAAGCCAUUUGAUGAAACACUUGAAGACUGGGAUAUUAUCGCCCCUGUGGAGAUACCCCAGUAUCGUAUGGCAUUUCUGGACAAGGGGACAUUCCUAGGGAACAUUACUGGGACCAUUUCAAAUAGAGUAGAACGAACAGUUUCACACGUUCAAAGAGUCAUUGGUAUGAAGUCUGAAGAUGAACAGCAGUAUCGACCAAUCAAAUCUCCCAUGACAGACAUGGAGUUCCGUAACUACCUUGAUUCCGAUGGUCACAUGGUCAAACCAGAAGAGUUCAGGCUGAGUAUAUACCAAGGCGGGAUUGAACCUUCACUACGGAGAGUAGUUUGGCGACAUUUACUUAACAUCUACCCCAAAGAUAUGUCUGGAAGAGAAAGAUUUGAUUAUAUGAAAAAGAAAGAGAAGGAAUAUUUUGAGCUUAGAGACAAGUGGAGAAAUUUAUUCAGUACACGACAAGUGUCUGAGGAAGCAAAGCAUGUAGCAAGUUUAGUGAAGAAAGAUGUGUUAAGGACAGAUAGAGGUCAUAAAUAUUACUCUGGAGGUGAUGACAGUAAAAAUUUGGUAGCUUUGUACAAUUUGUUAGUCACAUAUGCCUUGACACAUCCUGAAGUUUCUUAUUGUCAGGGUAUGAGUGAUAUAGCUUCACCAUUACUAGUUGUGCAGAAAGAGGAGGCACAGGCAUACUUGUGCUUUUGUGGACUUAUGAAAAGACUGCGUUCCAACUUCAUGUAUGACGGGGAGGCAAUCACCACAAAGUUGCAGCAUUUAUCUACCCUUGUGCAAUUUUAUGAUCCAGUAUUCAAUGCAUAUAUGAAAAGUCAUGGGGCUGAAGAUCUGUUCUUCUGUUAUAGGUGGCUACUAUUAGAAAUGAAGAGGGAGUUCCCAUUUGAGGAUGCACUGUACAUGCUGGAGGUCAUGUGGAGUACAAUCCCACCAUGUCCUCCAGAAGGCCAGCUUGAACUUUGUGAUACUGAAUAUUCUCCGGCAUUGAUGAUGUCAGUAUCACCAAACUCCCCUUCUUUUGGCUUGAAAACACAGUAUUCGCAUUUACUUGCCAAACGUAGAAUGACAUGUCAUGUUAAAGAAAAUGCUGAAAGUAAGUCCCCGAAAGUAUCUCAGUCACCAAAAUCCACAAGUACGUCUUACAGAAAUUUUGUUAAUGAUGGUCUAACUGAUAUUCAAGAGGAAAAAUGUGGUUCUGUGGAAAAGUCUGGAAAUAAAAGUGUUGAAAAUGGCAGAUCAGAAUCUACAGAAAGCAAUAGUAGCAAGGAUUCUUCUCCUGUAGAGACUGUGCCACUUUCACUGCAGAAUGGUUCUGCAUCACAAGAAAAAGCUGAUCUUGAGAACAGUUACCAGAACUCAAGGUACAUGAAAAAAUCAAGUGAAGAAAAUGGGAAAGAAAAUAGCAACACAGAAACAGAUGAAGGCGUAGCCAAUUCAAGCACAGGAAGUAGUAAUAGUUCCUCGUACAUGUCUGCUUCUCAGUCUAUUGAGAGGUUUCCAAGUCUUAUUACAGCAAGUGUUGAGGACAAAACUGAGUUAAAUGAUUCUGAGGUUAUAUCUGUAAGUGAAAGUAAAACAUUGACUGACAAUGGUACUGUUCUAGAAAACAUAUUUUCUGACACCCCAAAUUGCGAUCAGUCUGUAGGGAAACAGGAAGUGGAUGUAACUGGGCACAGUCGAGUUCCUCAUUCUGAAGAUGAAAGUGAAGACCAGGCACAGUUUCAUUUAUCUCUAGAUGAAACUGACAGAUUAGUAGAAAAGAAAAAGAACAAUAUUCCCCAAAUUAAAGGGUCUUUUUUCAGUGGAAUGAAAAGAAUUCUUUCAUCUCCAAAGAGACGCCCAGGACAGUCACAGCAGUGCAAUGGAAAAACUAUGGUUCAUAAAGCAAAUACUAAAACUGAAAACAAUAAUAAAAGUAUUAACACAGCAGUACAAGAUUUAAAACUGUCUCCAAGAAAUGGAGAUGAACAUACUUUGUUUGAAGUGAACCGUAUGAUCAAAAGUUUGAAUUCUAUUCCAAAAGAGCCUGGUGAUUCAGAUAGUGGAACUGGUUCACUGACGUCAUCAACAAAUUCUAUACAUGUGCUGGGAAUCAAAAAUAGGAGUUCAAGCCAGGGUAGUGAAAAGCCUGUUGAAGUAUUGACAAAAGAUCAGAGAGACUUUUUUGAUAAGAAAUACAAAGAAACAGUCUGUGACAUUCCAAAAGCCAAGAAAGAUAUAGGAACUCUAUGUUCGGAUAAUACACCUUCCUUUUGUGUGGAUCAUUUUAACAUUAACAGUGAUGAAACGGCAAGAACUGAUGAAUCUAAGGAUGCAAUUGGAAUCAGCGAUUGUGUAGAAGCAACUGAUCCAGAUGAAGGAAAGCUUGCUAAAUUCAAGCAGUUGCCUACUCCGGAUGAGUUUGGGUAUGGGAAUCCAUUCCUGAUGUUUCUCUGUCUGACGGUGUUACUUCAACAUCGAGAUAUAAUCAUGAAGAGUGGAAUGGAGUAUGAUGAAUUGGCGAUGUAUUUCGACAAAAUGGUGCGGAAACAUAACGUGAAUAAGGUUCUGCAUCAGACGAGGAUAAUGUAUACAGAAUACAUCAGAAUGCAGCAGAAAUUGCUUGAGGGAGAUGAAGAAGAAGAAGAAGAUUUCCAUGUAUGAUGUCAGAGAUAAAAUAUUGUUAUAAGUUCAUUGAGUAUUAGGCACUUCAGAAUUUUUUUUUUUUUUUAAAGAUGUUUACAAAAUCAAGGCAAAACCCAUACACAGAGUAGUAUAUGACAGAACUGCUGUUGAAAUAUUGUCUUUCUGAGACUGAAUUGAAUAAGAAGACAGGGUCCAAUUGAUGUGAUAUUUUCUACCAAGCAAAUUGGUUGUAUGUUGUGACUGUUUUGCUGGUAAUUUGAAGUAAUUAGAGGAAGAUGGGCGGUCCUUUGAUGGUAUUGAUUAGAAUUAUGGAUGAAUUCUUUAGUUAGUGGAAGAUAUUCAACAGGCUUAUACAAAUGUAGUAGGUUUUUUAAUUUUACUUGCAGGUACUCAUUGUACUACUGUUGCUUGGAAAUAAUUCCCAAAGGGGAUUCUGGGUUCAUUUUUCACUAGUUCAGUCACCUGGUAUUUGUUAGUAUGACAGUAAUAUCUAAAAAGCAUUUUUCAGCCCUUGAUUGAAGUUGAUACAAUAAUAAAUUUUUACGGCCUGUAUUGUUAAACUGCAAUAGGUUUUCAAGUUAAUGCAAUUCCUUAGGCAGUUUAAAAUGUGACAUCGGGAAAAAAAUAUCGAAAGAGUUCAGCACAGUAUACUCACUUCUUCUUAGUAUUUUUUGUUAGGUGAUAAGACAUAAAUUUAAUGCAGAGAAGUGUAGAUGAGAUAAAAUCAUGCAGUUUUGGUGUAGAACAAUAAAGAAAUUAUUUCAUGAACUCAACUUACUGGCUUUAAACUAUAUCACAGUUGGUUAUUUGAUAUUUAACGUUUAACUUGGCAACAUUUUUGAAGAUUUUCUGAAUUUAAGAUGCCCAAAGGUAUGUAUUAUGUGGCGGUCAUCUAGCCGUCUGUCCGUAUGUUAGCAAUUGUGUUUACAUUCGAUAACUUGCCUUGACCUACAGUCCUCAGACUUAGCAUGCAUAGUGCUCAUACACAACAGAUGACACCUAAGGUCAGGAUCAUAGUAACUGUUUCCUUUUAAUAUUUUGAGAAUUACUUGACCCACAAGCAUGGAAGGCACCAUGUUGCCACUGGUCAUUGAUUGACCUCAAUAUGAUUUUGAGAUCAGUGAGAGGUCAAGUUGACAGUGACCAUUAGUACAUAAAGAACUGUCACCAUGGAACCCUCUUGAUUUUGAGGUUUCUUAGUCAAAGGUCAGUGUCACUGUCAUGCUAAGUCUUUAGUUUGAUGUACUGUCAAACCUCUAUUAAGGGAGGGACACAAUCUGGCUGCUAAAGGAGGUGGCUGCUAAACACAAGUUAAAUUUAAAACAAGCAGCUAAAGGCAGGUGACUCUUAGUUUAAGUGACUGCUAAGGCAGGUCCUACUGUAUUAUGUGGCCAUCCAUCUGUUUGCUGUUAAGUCUCCGCACAAUGAGCGCAGAACGCUUUGACCUGUGAUUCUAAAACUUGACGGGCACAUUGCCUAUCACUCCACACAGUUGUGUUCUUGUUUGUAACAAUGUACCUGAUAUUUUUGAUUUUUGGGGCCAUUACAAACAUUCAUUACGAAAACAAAAUGGAAAUGUUUUUAACAAGUUAUGAAGUCAUGUUCUAACACAGAUACUCAUAUUGUUUGUUAACUGUGUAUGACUGUUUAGGAGAUGGACUUUACUAGUAAUUCUACGGAAAUGCAUAAUUCGGAAUUUUUCCUCCCUGUUGCAGCAGUGUAUUAUUGUUAUGUAAUUAAGAAAUCUGAGUGCAUACACAUGUAUCACCAUGUUUGUUGUGAGUGUAAUAUACUUUCACAUUUUUUGUGGCAGUCAGCUUGUUUUGCUUUUCACAAUGCUAUACAUAUUAAAGAUGAAUCAUUUAAAUUAAAGGAAAAUCAUGUGCAGCAGACAAGAAAGAGAAAUUUUGAGGGAUUAUUCUUUCAUAGUUUUUCAAACGCAAGUAUCUUUUUUUUUUUUUGAAGAUUGUUAUAGCAAAAAAGGAGGCAACAUUUGCAACAUUCCAUGAAAAGUCAGUUUUCAUUCUGUGUUUAAAAUGCACAAAAUGGGCUGCUGCAGCUUAAAAUAGAAAACACAAGUUGCAAAUAUUGUAAAAUUAUUGAAAAUUCCUUAUAAUUCUUAUUCAUUGUUGAUAUUAGAAUAUGGGCUUUCAUUGUGUUACAGGUAUGGCCUUUUUCUGCUAUGCCAUGUAUAGUUGUACAUAUUAUAGUUUUAGUUAGAUAAUAUUGUUAGUUGAUACCUAGCUUUUUUAGCUUGACUAUAUAAAAAAUAGCUUGAGCUAUUGCACUCACUAUUAUUCGGUAUCCCAGUGUGGUUAAGUAUCAUGUGUGGGAAAGGAUUAGAACUUACACACUUCUUCAGUGUAGUGAAGAGACCUGCAGUGCAUAGGUUCCAUAACAAAGCUUUGCUUUUUUGUAUCAUAUUAUGCCCCUUUCUGACUGGGCAAUAUUUGUUUAAGAUUUUGUAUGUAAGCUGAUCUGUACCCACUUAUGGGAAUGAAUUGAUAUUUAGAGCACAUUUUAACUGUAAUUGUCUGACAUGCAGUGCACAGGUUCCAUAACUCUGUUUUGCAUAUUUACCAAAUUAUACCCCUUUUCUAACUUUCAUUCAAAUUUCUUUAGUGACAAUGCUGUUGAAUAGUUGAGCAUUGCUGACCUCCAACAGCUCUUGUUUUAAAAACUGAGUUAUUUAUUUGAUUUUAGAGAAGGUAAGAAACAUGCAACAAAGCAGAAACAUAAAUUUUUCUGUCAGUUGUAAAUUGUUGUUUUGAUAGGUAUGUUUAUUCUAUGAAUGCUUGUUUAGUGGUAGAAUAUAAAAAUUGAGGGCAAGAAAAUGAAGAUUCUUAAGUUAAUAUUUAAAAAGUUUUUAAAGUUACUUAUGCUUAAAUUUUAUAUUUAGCAAAGGAGUUGUAAUGAUUUUUUUUCACUGAACCAUUCCAAAAACAGUUUGUGGUCUUGUUAAGAGUGCUUGUAGAUGAUUGUUUUAUCAUGCCAUUACUAUAACAACUGCCUGAGAAAAGCAGCCUUUCUCAGGUCAGUGACCUGAGAACAUUUUACACUGUGUAAACCUAUGAUAAAAUCCAAGGACAUCAGAUUGUAAGAGCCCGCCUACUUUAUUGUGAUGUACAAAUCCUACCAUAUAUUCAGUAAUUCGCGCUCCUAUUUAACAAAAAAGUAGAAGUUGUUAAUAAUGGCAUGAUAAAUAGAAUAACAGGUUACUGUCUUUUAAGAAAGGGAUUUCUCAGACGAGGCUAGAUAUGGUCCGGAAGGAGCUCGGCAAGCCUCACUCCCUCCAGGACCAUCUAGCCUCGUCUGAGAAAUCCUUUCUCAGAUGACUGUAACCUGUUAUUCUCUGUUUAUACCCAUACCUUCAAGUAUCACCUUGGACAAUCUGCUGAGCUUAUCAUAUAUAUAAUGUUGUAAUAAAUUGUUUGAUCCUUCGAAUAAUUGCCCUUGAUCUCCACUACUGUCAGUGUACUAAAAGUAGCAUCAGUGUAACUUUAUUCUGCAAAAUUACAUUUUGUGGACUGAGCGCAAAACUGUUGUGUCUUGUUCUUUAUUUAUAUACACUUACAGUAGUUUGGCCCUCAGCCAUUGAUUUAAAUAACAGUAAAUUAUAGUUAAGUAAAAUUGGAUUCUUGAUAAAUUUUUUCAAUCAGUAUAUUAAUUGGAAAAUAUUACGUAAUACAAAGUCAAGCCAUCUUGAUUUUUUACUCAUUUUGGUAGAAUAGCCCAAAAUUAGACAGUGCUGAAAAAAAUCUUAAGGUAUUGUUAUUGCAUUCAAGGUAAAUCAUAGACAUAUUAACAGUUAUAGAAUAUUAUUGUUAGCUGAGGCAGAGAGAUUAUAGGUGUAUCUAUUUCAAAACAAACUAAAAACAUGCAGCAAUUAUCACAAAUAUUCAUAGAAUAUAUUUGUAAAAUAAGUAGUUAUACUGGGAUACCACAGGGUUAAGUUCCUAUCCUUCCCUCACCUGAUACAAGUUUGAUAACGAUCCAUCAUGAGGUUCUUGAAAAGAAGUUGUUAAAAGGUAUUCCUAUUUUUAGCUCUAGUGGCUCCUAAAACAGACAAAGUGCCAUCAUUCUAUUUAAACUGGGAGAGGGUUUUAUGAUAAUUCUACAAACCAUGUUUGAUCAAGAUCUAUCAAACAAUUCAUGACACUGGGGGGAGACAGUUUUUGCCCUGUCCAUCUGUCCUUCCAUCCGUCCAUCACACUUCAUUUCCGAUCAAAACUGGAGAACCAAUUGACCUAGAACAUUCAAACUUCAUAGGGUUGUAGGGCUUAUGGAGUAGAUGACCCCUAUUGAUUUUGGGAUCACUCUCUUAAAGGUCAAGGUCACAGGGGCCUGAACUGGAAAACAAUUUCAGAUCAAUAACAUAAGAUUAAUAGAAUGAUUGGACAUGCAGAGUAGAUGACCCAUACUGAUUUUGGGGUCACUUGAUCAAAGGUCAAGGUCACAGGGGCCUGAACAUGGAAAACCGAUUCCAAUUCAUAACUUGAGAACCACUAGGCUCAGAAUGUUGAAACUUAGUGGGAUGAUUGGACACUGCCAAGUAGAUGAUCCCUGUUGCAGUCAACCAUCAGUGUCUCUUUGACUUUCGCUCCUGUCCCCUAUUGUCUUCUUGCCUAUACGACUAUGCAUUGGGGGAGACAUGUGCUUUUCUACAAAUGCAUCUUCUAGUUCUAUUUUCAGCUUUAACAAAAUUUUGAGGGGCCUGUAUUCCAAUUCGACAGACAAACUUUGAUAAAGAUCCAUCCAGUGGUUCAUGAGAUGAGGUUGUUUAAAAGUGUUUCUAUUUUUAGCUCUAGCAGCUCCUUAAAGGGGCCAAGUGCCCCCCAUUUGAAAAAAGAAAUGAGAGAGAACCUUAUAUAGAUGGUACAGACCAAGUUUAAUAAAGAUUCAUCUCUGAUGGUUCAUGAGAAGGGUUGUUUAAAAGUAUUUCUACUUUCAGUUCUAGAAGUCCCUAUAAGAGGUCAAAAGCCCCCUCUUGAACAAAUUUGAAAGAGGACCUUGCCAGAAUGCCAUAGACCAAAUCUGGUGUAAUUCUGAUCAAUGAUUGCACAGAUGUUUAAGUUAAACUGUUGACAACAUACGAUCCACCUAUACAAAUAGCUUGUCCUGAACAAAGUUCAAACAUCUUUAUAAGGUCAUCUUCCAAAAGUAUUCGAGUGAUAGCAUUUGAUCCUUUUUAGGGGCUGCUAGAGCUAAAAAUAGAAAUACCUUUAAAGAACUUAUUCUUGUGAAGUGCUUGAGGAUCUUCAUCAAACUGUGUCUGUAACAGCAUGAUAAGAUCCUCUCAUAAGUUUAUUCAAAAAGUUCAGUUAGCUCCUUUAAGUGGCCACUAGAGCUGAAAUUAAAAUAUCGUUGAAUUACUGUUUCCCAUGAACCACUUGGUGGAUCUUCAGUAAUCUUGGUCUAUAGCAUCCUUGUAAGAAGCUCUCUCAAAUUUGUUCAAAUGAGAGCACUGGAUAUAUUAUAUGUAUAUUAUACUAAACACAAUUGUUACCAUGUCAUACAUAUUUUUUUAUAGUCAAAAUCAAAUAGUCAAGUGAGUGAUGAAGGGCGAUUGCGGCUCUCUUGUUAAUAAUUUUGCCAUUUUUAUUUGUGAUUUCAUGUUAUACAUGAUUGUCAUUAGGUACUACUUUUAGUCUUGGAAGGUGGCAGGUUUCAGAUGCAUGCAUAUGAUAAUAAAAUGUGUUCAAUUUAGCAAAGACAUAGGUGAUUAUUUCACUUUCUAAUUUUUCAGUAUUUAAUACUGUUAUGAAUUGUAGAAUUGGUUAUGAAGGUAAUGUUUUACUUGUAUUUUAGACCAUAGUUGAAAGAUUGAAGUAGUUUUCUUGGUGUUGGUAUUUUUUCAUAUUUUCCCCAUUUCCUUCCCAUUACCCCACCCACUGCCUCCAAGUUAUAUCAUGUCAAUGAAUGUGUCAGUGUAAUAUUUGACUUUUAAAUGUCAUCAUUUCAGCUGUAUGUGAGUACAGUAUUUUAUCUAUUAAUUUGUUUAAAAUUCAAGUCUGAUUAUAAUUCCAACAUGAUUAUAUUUUAAAUGAAAAUACAUGAAGUCUGUCUUUAUCCUGUAGUACGUGGUUGUGAUUGGAUGUGCAAAACAUGCAUAUUACCAUAGAUAGUAGAUACUUGUGUAUAAUGUGCAGUCUUUUGACCGCUGGGACCCCACAUCCCUACCCCCUAAUUGUGAGUGCGUAUUAUACACAGGUAUAGAGGAUUUUCCAGCUUUGAAACAAGUUUGUUUACAAUUUUCGCCAUAAUGCCAUAGUGAUAAAAGCCAUGAUACUGAUAGAAGUACUGUUAUUAUAAUAUCAUCAUUUUUCUUGCACUUGUGCAUUUGAACAAGAUCACUAACACAUUAGCAAAUUUUUGAAGCAAUAUCCUGAUUUUAGUUGUUGGUACAUGUAUGUUUGUAAACUUUAAGAAAGUCUCUGAAACAGUGGCCAGUUUUUAUUUAUAAAAGCCUGCUUAAAGUAGAUUUGAUAGAAUUUAUUUCGUGAUUUGAUAGACAGGAGCCAUUUACAUGUUGCUUAGAAUUCAUGCUUUGUAGAUUGUUUACUUUUAAAGUUAAUGCUGCUUGGUGUUCAUGAAUUUUGAAUUUAUAUGUUGGUUUGUCAGUGUAUUAACUAUAAUUAAACUGGAGUCUUAUCUACAAGACAAUAUAAACAAAUAUAUAAUUAGAGAUUAAACUCUGCAUAUUACAAUCUGUUAUCAGAUUUUUUGUUUUUCAUACUUUUUCAUAUUUAAUUUUGUGAUCUCAGUUUAAUUGUGAUAAUGAAGACAUAUAACUCUCAAUAUAUUUUACUUUUCUCAUGCAUUCUCGUAGUUUUAAAUAGUGUUUAGGAAACUAAAAUUGAAGUGGUUAUUUAUUUAGUUAUUUAGUUGUAAGUGAAAUGGAAGAUUAGAUUAAAUUCUCAGAAUUAAUCAGCCUCACCCUCCUUUUAAUAUCCAGAACAUACAUGGGUGGGGCAUAUGUUCUCCAUGAAGAUUUGAUAAAAGACACUGUGUCUGAAAUUUGUCCUCCACCUCUGAUUCAUAUGGAGAAGUUGGCAGUUACUUGCAGAGAACAAGUAAUGUACUGGUGCAGAAUCCAGGAACUCAGGUUAGGUUAACUGCCCGCUGUUAAAUAACUUAAACCCAAAAGAAACAAACAAUAUUUUACAUACAAACAAUAGAAAAACAGAGUUAUAAGAAACUAAUCAGGACCACAAAAAAGUGUAUUCUAUAUCUGAGGUACACAAUAUUCAUGUAGCAAACUUAGCUUGCUAUAAAUGAACUGUGAAGGAACCCCUGACUGAUAGCAAAUAGGACUGGGUAAACAGUGACUUUAGUCAUUCUUGAUGUUUUUACCUGCUGCUUGAUAUUUAAUUCCAGUCCAGUUUUUACCUUGUUGAUUAAUUUUAUGUGAAAGAGUAUCAAGGGAUCUAACUGCUUUGAUAAAUUUGGAUUUGUAUUCAGAUGAUUAUCUCUCUUGUCAUAAAUUAUAUUGUACUUUCAUGUUGCAGUGGUUUUAACACAUUUAAUCAAAUGUAUAAAGUAAAAAUAUAUGCUAAUUUGUCCCCUACCGGUGAAACACCGAAGGGAACUAUAGAAAUGCCCUCCAUCCAUCUGUCUGUCUGUCUGUCCAUUAGCAAAUCUUGAUCUUGCAAUUACUCAGAAAGUAUUCAAGCUUGGUUCAUAAAACCUGGUAUGUGAAUAGAAGGCAGUAAUAUAGAUUAUGCACAAACAUGACAUAUGCUUGUAGGCCAUAGGUCAAGGUCACUAUUGAAGGUCAAGUAAAAAUUGUUUCCACUCCAAAACUUUUAUAUAUGCAUUUAAGGAUUUUCUUACCUCUACAAGCAUAUGUUCCUUGUGAAAAGACAGUAUGCCGCAUACCUGACCCAUGUUUUGUGGUCAAAUGUCAAGGUUACUAUUGAAGUUAAUAUAAAAAUAGCUUUCUGCUUCAUAACUUUAAUGCCUUGAAGGAUUUUUUUAUUACUACUCAGAAAUGUUCCCCAUGGUUAGACUAUGUAUCGAGAACAUGGCCCAUGGUUGUCGGUCAAAGGUCAAGUUCACUAUUGAAGUUCAAGUAAAGUUGUUUCCACUCACUAACUUUUAUGUGCAUUGGUUGGAUUAUCUUAAUACUGCACACAAAUGUUCCCCUUGAUAAGACAGUGUGUUGCGUACAUGAAAUGCUUGCAUUUUUAGUCCCAUACCGAUGGAACACCAGAGGGGAUUGUAGGAAUGCCAUUCUUCUCGUCCACUUCUGUAUUGCCACUGCAAUACUCGAUCACUUGUUAUUAUAUGUAAGUUGCUCUAUCACACAUUUACAAUGACGGGUGACAACAUAUUUUCCUCACAGAUUGCUGUACAUGUAUGUUAGGGAUAAAGGCAUUUAUGUUCAAAAUAUACAUGAAAUAAAUAUAAUGUAAUCAUGCAUAUUGACGAAUUUAUUAAUGUUUUACCAAUGGCAUUCGAUCGUGAAAUAAGUUUGUUAUAAAUGAGUGGUAUUUCAUGUUGAUUCAUAGAAAUGUGUUCCUUGUAACUGAGUUUUUUUUUUAUUUGCUAUUAAACAAUAAAGAUAAAUGCUAGAACCUAAACUAAGCUGUAAUAGGAAACUCAUUAAGUAUGGCAGGUGUAAAGUCUAAUAGAAAAUUUAAAUUCUUUGAUAAAUUAGAGAGCUUGAUAUUUCAACUCAUUUAUGUAUAUUUUUAGAAAAAAACAAAUUUUAUUUAGAUUUCAAAAAAAUUUGAUUUUUAGAUUUCAAAAAAAUUUGAAUACCUAGAUACACAAUCAUAAAACUUCAAAUUUAGGUCUUACAGAUACAUUUUGAACAUGUAUGGCUACAUUAUUUUGAAAAUGCACUACUCUCAAUUUUGACACCCCAGAUGCUUGUUGAAAUAUAGAAUGAAAUGCUGCUAUACUUGUACAACAUACCAAUAUGAAAUACCAGCCAACAUACACUAUAUAAAACAGUGGUAAUAGUUUUCUUGCCUGUUUUCUUGUAUAUGAUAUCCUGAAAGUGUAUUUUGUUUUUAGGACAAUAUAGUCGUUAGUGAAUGUAGAAUGAAUGUAAAUGUGAUAUUGUCAAUACAGUGUGAAUGCCAGUAUACUUACUUUUGUUGAAAGCGUACUUGGAAUAUCUUUGUUAUUAUUGAAUGAAAAUUAUGUUUUACAGUUAUUUUGAUGCAUUGGUUCAUUUAGCAUCAUUAAAUGUGCAAUC